AUGCCUGGUCCAUUCGGUUCAUUCUCUUGGAUCUGCUCCCAUACGGUCUUGCCUCAAUGCAAUUUAUUCUUCUCACAAUUCUUCAACUCCGAUACAACAUCAUCGGCUUUCACCAUACUCUUCCCUGAUUCCUCAGACUUUUUCACCAAAUAUAAUAUCACAGGUCAGAAUGCUCGAGAAGAUCCAGUGGUCGAAAUCGCUCGAUCCGAUUCAGGCGUAGGAAUAGGAAGUAAUUGUGAAAUCGCAAGAGUUGGUCACAGAGGAUCACCAGGUGACAUAGCACUUAUCGUCUUAUCAGCUCUUUCAUUCCUCUUGGCUAUCUUCCUUUCCGUUCAAGCAUCGAGACGUAAAGCGGCCGUUGGGAGAAUUGAGUUACGUCUAUUCCUGUUCUUAUAUGGUUUACAUUCAGCUUUUCAAAUCAUAACAAUGUCAUCUCUUCUGGAGCAAGGUUCGAUGGGAUUAUCAAUCAAAUCAAGUAUUCACAUAGCUACUAUUGUUAGCCUGUUUUGGGUUUUACUGGGUAAUGGACUUAUAGCUACUCAAGUAGUGGAGGACGGAACAGCAGCUGCUUUGGCGCCUUUGUGUAUUCUCGCCGUAAUCUUCUUCAUACCUACGUUAUAUGUAUCCCUCGAUACUGCGUUCGGAUGGACCGACGUAUUCACGCCAAACACUGGAGACAUGGCAGAUGUGAAGAACAUAGCUUUAUUUAUAUUGACUUUGAUUUGGCCUGCUAUUGCCGUUGUUGGCUACACAAUGAUCAUGCUAUACGUCACUCUGGGCAUGUUACGAGAGACGAAACCUGCUUUGCUCUACCUUGCAGCAUUCGUACUGUUCGCUAUUGCUCAAGUGAUUUUCUUCCUCGUUUCCCAGCCGCUGUGUAAUGCUUCAAAUGGUAAAGUGAACAGUGCAUUUCUAACUACUCUACUGGAAGCAGGCGCUGUGGGGAUGCUAUACCUAGCUUGGAUAAGUAUAACCGAGGACGAUUGGGGAGAAGAAGUCUAUGGGUAUUAUCAAUAG